GCUUUGAUGACAGUAGGAAAAGAACCGUUUCCCACCAUUUACAUAGAUUCACAAAAAGAAAAUGAGAGGUGGGAUGUUAUUUCUAAAUCACAGAUGAAGAACAUUAAAAAAAUGUGGCAUAGAGAACAAAUGAAGAGUGAAUCCCGGGAAAAGAAAGAGGCAGAAGACAAUUUGCGGAGAGAAAAGAACCUGGAAGAAGCAAAGAAGAUUACCAUUGAAAACGAUCCAAGUCUCCCAGAGCCAAAAUGUGUGAAGAUUCAUGCACUAGAAGGAUACAGAGGCCAAAGAGUAAAGGUAUUUGGCUGGGUCCACAGGCUGCGUAGACAAGGAAAGAAUUUAAUGUUUCUGGUGUUGCGGGAUGGUACGGGCUAUCUUCAGUGUGUCUUGUCAGAUGAUUUGUGUCAGUGUUACAAUGGAGUCGUCUUGGCCACUGAGAGUAGUGUUGCGGUGUAUGGAAUGCUAAAUCUGACUCCAAAGGGCAAACAGGCUCCCGGUGGCCAUGAGUUGAGCUGUGACUUCUGGGAACUGAUCGGGCUGGCCCCUGCUGGAGGAGCUGAUAACUUGAUUAACGAGGAGUCUGACGUGGACGUCCAGCUCAACAACCGACACAUGAUGAUUCGGGGAGAAAACAUGUCCAAGAUCCUGAAAGCACGCUCGGUGGUCACCCGGUGCUUUCGAGAUCACUUCUUUGAUAGGGGGUACUAUGAAGUUACUCCUCCAACGUUAGUGCAAACACAAGUGGAAGGAGGUGCUACACUCUUCAAGCUUGACUAUUUUGGGGAAGAGGCAUUUUUGACUCAGUCCUCUCAAUUGUACCUGGAGACCUGCAUUCCAGCUCUGGGAGAUGUGUUUUGUAUUGCACAGUCAUACCGGGCAGAACAAUCUAGAACACGAAGGCACCUGGCUGAAUACACUCACGUGGAAGCAGAGUGUCCUUUCCUGACCUUUGAGGAGCUCCUGAACCGAUUGGAGGACUUGGUUUGUGAUGUGGUAGAUAGAGUCUUGAAAUCACCUGCAGCGAGCAUAGUGCGUGACCUCAACCCG